GGACACACACGUUUGCAUUAGCGAGCCACUUAUCCAAAUACAAGGAAGCUUCAUGGCGGGCAGGGUAAUUUCCUGGAAGCUGCCUGGGAAGAAUCACGUGUUUAAAGGCCAAUGGAAGAUUUAUUUGUGUGUGUGUGGAGAUACGGCUUAGCUGUGUCCAAGAAGCAAACAAACAAAGUCGCCGGGCAACUUGCUAAAUUAGAUGCCGCGAAGAUUCGUUGCCUUUCCAAUGGAAUCUUUACAAAAACGCAUGGAGGAAGAAGAAAGGAAGUUGUGUAGAAAAACUAAAGAUUCGAUUCUAUGAUCGUGGAAAGCUCUCAUCCAGAAAGCCGUGAUUGACCGCUUCAAAGAUAUGGCACUAAAAAGGCGGGAGUUUUCAAAGUAGGUUAGAAGUAAAAAAGAGUCAUUUGUUUGUUUGCCCUGGCUAUGGCGUUGCGGAGGUGCGCUGGGAUCCACAGGCGCUUGCGCUUAGGGUUUAGUGAUUCCAUUGAUUUCUCGAGCGCCAGUGGUAGAAUCUCCACGGCGGGGUCGCGAUCGCCUUGCGCAGCUCGUCGAUGGCCCUGGGGCAUCGGGGCCAGGGGUUUGUUUGUGGACGCAGCGGAUCAGGUUUCGCUAAGCGCUCUGUCCGGAUCGGAGGAAGGGAUUAUGGUUUUGGAGCUCAACAGAGCCGAGGCGAAGAAUGCGAUUGGAGUCGACAUGCUGGGUAAGUUCCAAAGCGCUCUAGACAGGCUACAGGACGACGAUGCUGCAAGAGUUGUGAUCUUGCGUAGUGUUGUGCCGGGUGUUUUUUGCGCUGGGGCUGAUCUUAAGGAGAGGAAAAAAAUGAGUGUCUUCGAAGCCCAAAAGUUUGUCACGAGUUUGCGAUCAACGUUCUCAUCACUGGAGGUUCUGUCGCUACCAACAAUUGCUGCAGUGGAAGGUGUUGCUUUAGGCGGAGGAUUGGAGCUCGCACUUUCGUGUGAUCUUCGUGCUGAAGCUACUUUUGGACUGCCAGAGACAGGACUUGCUAUAAUUCCAGGGGCUGGAGGCACUCAAAGGCUUCCAAGGCUAAUUGGAAGGUCCCGGGCGAAGGAGCUGAUAUUCACUGGCCGUAGGAUCGGCGCUGACGAGGCAAAAUCAUAUGGUCUCGUCGAGUACUUGACAGCCGCCGGCGAUGCAUACAGAAAAGCUCUUGAGCUUGCGAAGAUUAUUUCAAACCAGGGUCCAUUGGCAAUCAAAAUGGCAAAGGUUGCGAUCGAUCGUGGGAGUGAAGUGGACGCCGCCUCUGGGAUGGAGAUAGAAGAAGCAUGCUACGGACAGGUGCUUAAAUCGAAAGACAGGCUAGAAGGCUUGGCGGCGUUUGCCGAGAAGCGAAGCCCUGUAUACCGCGGAGACUGAAUGGAAUGUAAGUCUCUGAAGAUUUCUAAA